AUGUUUACUGUUCGAUGGCCAUCACUGCCAUCAUUUGGGCUAUUCUCGUCUUCACGCUCCCGACCCAUUGAUUUGCCCCCAGUCAAGGUCCAUGACACAGAGGCAGCUCGUGAGAAAUCAGCCCGGGCGUUAAAGCAUCUACUGAAGUUGAACCAUGCCGAACACUCAAUCUUUGACAGUCACAUAUUCCCUAACCAAGUAACACACCUCUUGAUUUCCUCCUUUCUGCAAGGUGCAGAUGCCGAUGUCCUCGGCCGAAUCUAUGAUGAGGCAGGAUCUAAUCUGGUCAAAUGGAAAGACUCACCUGCAGAGAUUACCAGUCUUGACUGGCAAAGCUAUUUAGGACGCCGAGAAUUUGAUCGAGCAUUUGUCAACUUCUUUGAAGAUGAAAUGGUUGACAAAGGCUAUGAUUGGAAGGAAGUGAUGACUGAGUACCUAUUCGCAGGCGAACAGCCCAUGUUCGAUUCUAUCAUGGCUUCCCUUGGGCUUCCAUUGAUUCAUCUUGCAUAUGCCUUUGAACUAAACAGCCGCGAAGUCGCAAUGGAAGCACUUGGCCUUACAGCAACUUGCCAUAAUGGCAUAUACAAGUCCCUAGAAGCCGAACACUUGCAAACUGAAGAUUCAUAUAGAUCAAAGUCUCUCUUCGAGAUUAUUGAUCUGAUUCGGAACGAUAAGAGCCUGGAUGGCCUUUUCUCAACUCCGGGUAGUGACAACCUCAGUUCCCUUAUCGUCAGCCGCCAUGCCGCAUUACUCAAGCACUCAAACGCAUGGAGCAUCGAAAACCCAGUAGAGCAGUUCCGCGAAAGCCAAGAGCUUGCGGCUGCCCUGCUGAUAGGAACUGCAGCCGAUGCGACCGGGCAAUACGAUUGGUUCUUCGCUUCAGCUCUUGGUACCAGCCAUGCCGUCCGUGUCACAUUGCCAUUCAUCCCUGCUCAGUUCCAGCUUGGUCUUCUCCGACAAUGGUGGUUGGUUACAGUGGGCAUUUACAUUGCGCAGCUGCGACCCGAGAUUCAAACAGACCAAAUUCGGAACUAUGACCUGGACGGAAAGGACUGGGAUUGGGUUGCCGAUAGAGCAGUUAAUGCGCCAUUCUCAUCCGAUGUCGCUUUUGUAAAGACGACACGAGCACUGAGGGAAAUGGCCUCUACUUGGGGUGAUUCCGAUAGCUUCUUCUUGAAGGCUGCUGUGCAAUUUGCCAAUGAGUUCAAGGGCUGGCGGGGGAAUUUUGUUGGAUAUGAACUGUAG